GACGACGACAACAUCGAAGAGGACUUCAGCAAACAGUUGAAGUCUGAAUUGGAGAAGAAGUCCAUCGCCUGAAAGGAAGCGUCCGUUUCAUUGGUUUAUAAUUGAUAACAAAACUACUAAUGAAUGCAUUGUAUUAUAAAUAUAAAUAUAAUUUCUCAUUAAAAGCACUAAUAUUUUGACACAUUUUGACCACUGAUUGCAAUCGACAGCACUGUCCGGUUAUACUGUACUGUGACAAUGAGCCGGGUAUUAAUUGGCCAAACAAUGACAUC